UUGCGUGUUGUGAUCAUCGCGUUAAAUUAUCGUUCGCAAUGAAGAUUUUGGUGACUUUGUCGGUUGUUAUUGGCAUUUCUUAUGCCCAACAGCACAGGCGGUUAGCCCCGCAGUACCAAAAUCAAGAGGACCAGUACGAUGAACAGGCUCAACAGACUCAAGCUAGGCCGCAGCACUUUCAAAAUCAGGACCAGGAUCGGCCCAGGUUAAAAAGUGAAAGCACAACGUUCAUUCCAAUCAUUCGAUUUGAUAAAGAACAAGGCAGUGAUGGAUCUUAUAAAGCUGCUUAUGAAACUGGUAAUAAUAUCAUCGCCCAAGAGGAAGGAUUUCUAAAAGAUCUUGGACCGGAUCCAGAUUCCGAAGGGGGCACUCUGAACGCGCAAGUGCAGCAGGGCUCAUAUACGUACACAUCUCCCGAAGGACAAAUCAUAACCGUCAAUUAUAUUGCCGACGAAAAGGGAUUCCACCCAUCUGGAGACCAUCUUCCAACCCCCCCACCGGUCAGUCCUGAGGUCCAAAAAGGGCUUGACCUGAUUUUUGCUGGCAUCAGAGCACAAGAAGAAGAAGAUGCUCGGGAAGCGAAAGAGAAUCCCCAAGGCUUCAAGAACAGGGAAAUUCCGGAAGACUACAACGGCCAGUACAGACAGCAAUAAACCCAUCAUAUGUGAUCAUUAACAGCUUAUUAUCUCAUGUACCUACAUUUCAAUUCAUUUUACUUCGACCGACUGACUACUUCGAAUACCUGAGGUGAAAUGAAUAAACUAAAAAUUGUUUAAUUUAGGUUAAAUUUAUUCGCAAAUUACAGUCUAUAAUAAAGUGAACCCGACCAAAUUGUAUUUCGUUUCGUUUAUCUUUAAGACAAUAGCUUCGUUAACUACGGUCGCAAUUUUUCCAGGAUUUUUGUAAUUUUUUGGAAUUUGAGAGCGACUUCGGUUGAUUUUAGACAACUUUUCUCAAUUUUAAUGGCUAUACUACACUCAUUAUACGUGCUAUUUUGCCAAAAUAUGCUAAUGGUAAUAAAACUUCUUCAGUCACUCGUUUAUUUAAUACUCGCUCCGCUGCGCUUCGCUCGUGUCAAAUGAAAUUCAUAGCUCAAAUUAUGUUAUGUGUUGCAUAAUGUAGCAUUAUAAUACUAUUAUUCUACUAUUCCUACUAUAAUACUAUUAUAAUACAUAACUUUCUGUGUAAA